CACCCAAUACGGCAACAUACCCAUAACUCCCAAAAUCCAUAUUAUAUCUUCUCAAAUAUUUAAUCUUUUUCAAAAAAAUAAAAUAAAAUGCCUUGUUGUUCAGUAACAGAAAUUUCAAAAUGCAUAGUUUAUCCGGAGAAGAAGUCCACCGUCUCCGAUCUCCGUCUCUCCGUCUCCGACCUCCCUAUGCUCUCAUGUCAUUACAUUCAAAAAGGCGUCCUCCUCUCGCGCCCUCCUCCUUCCUUUUCCUUCGACGACCUUGUCUCCUCUCUCCGCCGUUCUCUUUCCUCCACUCUCUCUCUUUUCCCUGCUCUAGCCGGACGUUUCUCCACCAGUCCCGCCGGUCACAUUUACAUAGUCUGCAACGACGCCGGCGUUGAUUUCGUCGCCGCUUCUGCUAAACACGUCAAAGUCUCCGACGUUCUCUUACCAGGUAAAGACGUUCCUCUUCUCUUCCGUGAGUUUUUCGUCUUCGAACGUCUCGUUAGUUAUAACGGUCAUCAUAAGCCUCUUGCCGCCGUUCAAGUGACGGAGCUCGACGACGGUGUUUUCAUCGGAUGUACCGUGAAUCAUUCCGUAACCGACGGAACUUCCUUCUGGCACUUCUUCAACACCUUCGCUGACGUCACUAGCGGCGCUUGUAAGAUCAAACAUCUUCCGGAUUUCUCCCGCCACACCGUCUUCGAUUCUCCGGCUGUUCUACGAGUCCCUCCCGGUGGUCCACGUGUCACUUUCGACGCCGAUCAGCCUCUCCGGGAGAGAAUUUUUCAUUUCAGCAGAGAGGCGAUAACGAAACUGAAACAGAGGACUAACAACAGAGUUAACGGAAUUGAGACGGCCGUUAACGAUGGAAGAAAAUGUAACGGUAACGGGGAGAUUAACGGAAAAAUAACAACCGUUUUGGAUAGUUUUUUGAAAUCAGAUACGAAUAUUAAGAAGACUCAUGAUCGGACGGCUGAGAUUUCAUCGUUCCAAUCUCUCAGUGCUCAGCUAUGGCGAUCCGUCACGCGAGCGAGGAAUCUCGAUCCGAGCAAGACGACGACGUUUCGAAUGGCGGUUAAUUGCCGGCACCGGCUUGAGCCUAAGAUGGAUCCGUACUACUUCGGAAACGCGAUACAGAGCAUACCGACGUUGGCAUCUGCGGGAGAUUUGUUAAGCAAAGAUCUCCGGUGGUCCGCCGAACAAUUACACAGGAACGUGGUGGCGCACGACGACGCGACGGUCCGCCGUGGAAUCGCCGCUUGGGAAAGUGAUCCGAGGCUGUUUCCUCUCGGAAAUCCAGACGGAGCUUCGAUCACAAUGGGGAGCUCACCGAGAUUUCCAAUGUACGACAAUGAUUUCGGUUGGGGAAAGCCGUUAGCGGUGAGAAGCGGCGGAGCGAACAAAUUCGACGGAAAAAUCUCGGCGUUUCCCGGUAGAGAAGGAAACGGAAGUGUAGAUCUGGAAGUAGUUCUGGCGCCGGAGACUAUGACUGGGAUUGAGAACGAUCCUGAGUUUAUGCAAUACGUAUCAGAAGUCACUUACGAUUAUUGAAAACGACAUCGUUUCUGAUACACGAAAAAAAAAAAGAAAUAUCUGAAGGUGAU